AUGCCUUCAAUGGAUGCUCAAACAGAACAAUCUCCUGACAAUACGAAAAAAUUAAAAGUAACAUACCAAAGAAUAGACCUCGGUGAAGUGACGCCUAAUAACAUUGGACAGUUGAAAAGAUUGAACUCGGUCAUAUUUCCUGUAGCGUACAGCGAACAGUUCUACAAGAACGUACUUGAGGUCGGAGAGUUUGCCAAACUUGCAUACUUCAAUGACGCCUGCGUUGGAGCUGUCUGCUGUCGUAAAGAGCCCAUCCCAAAUUCUCCUGAUCGGGCCAAUUUGUACAUAAUGACACUUGGAGUACUCGCUCCCUACAGACACCUUGGUAUAGGCACUACAUUACUGAAUCACAUCCUACAUCAUGCGACUCUCCCGUCACAAACGCCAAAAUUUGUCGAAAUAUAUUUGCACGUUCAGACAUCGAACGAGGAGGCACUUGCAUUUUAUAAGAGAAACGAUUUUGAAAUUGUUGGCACCCGUGAAGGGUAUUAUAAGAGAAUAGAACCGCCAGAUGCGCAUAUUCUCAAGAGAGUUUUGAUUAAAGAUUAA